UCCAGCUGAUCGAGUUACAGUCAUUCUGCUGCUGCUGCUGCUGCUACUGCUGACAGUGCCACAAAAUUUUCGAUAGUACAUAUAAAUUUUGCAGACAUUUGCGCGGGCAAAGAUCACGGUAAAGUUGGCACACCCUCACGUGCGAAUCCUUACAUAACACAGAAACCGCAAACGUCUCCCGUUCCUGUUUAAUUUUUUAAAAAUGGCUGGCAUCGCACCGCAGGCUUGCAGAAAUGCCUUUCGGCAAGUUAGAGGAUUUCACGUUUCUGCGAGUCAGAAUGCUGAGGCCCGAUUAAAAACCUUCUCCAUAUAUCGAUGGAACCCGGACAAACCCGAUGAAAAACCAUAUACGCAAGAUUACAAAGUAGACUUGAACACCUGCGGUCCCAUGGUUCUGGACGCAUUGAUUAAAAUAAAAAAUGAGAUGGAUCCAACGUUAACUUUCCGUCGUUCCUGCCGCGAAGGCAUCUGCGGUUCUUGUGCUAUGAACAUCGGUGGCGGCAACACGUUAGCGUGUAUAAGCAAAAUUGAUACUAAUUUAGGUCAGACGUGCAAGGUCUAUCCGUUACCCCACAUGUACAUAGUGAAAGACUUGGUACCGGAUCUGACUAACUUCUAUAAUCAGUAUAAAAGUAUACAGCCGUGGCUGCAACGUGGUGAUGGUAAAGACGCUGGGUCCAAACAGUAUUUGCAAAGCGUUGAAGACCGUAAAAAAUUGGAUGGUCUCUACGAGUGUAUCUUGUGUGCUUGCUGCAGCACCUCUUGUCCGUCGUAUUGGUGGAACGGCGACAAGUAUUUAGGACCCGCUGUGCUCAUGCAGGCUUAUAGAUGGAUCAUUGAUUCCCGCGAUACCCAAGCUAAGGAACGUCUCGAGAAAUUGAGGGAUCCGUUUUCAGUAUACCGAUGCCACACUAUCAUGAACUGUACUCGAACUUGUCCCAAGGGCUUAAAUCCUGGGAAAGCGAUUGCGGAAAUAAAGAAAUUGCUAGCCAAUAUUAGCGAGAAACAAAAACCUGGCCUCGAUGCUGCUGUGUAGGUGAAAAAGGAAGGGAAAAGAAUUAGUCGGUCACGUGUAUUCUUCAGGUAUUACCAAUAGAUACAAGCUCACGUUUAAUUGAACGAAACAAUGAUAUAUUUAAAAUGUUCGGUAAAACAGCGUCAAGCUGGUACCGAAUUUUUUGUAAUGAACUAAAUAUAUUUUAAUUAUUUCGAAAA